AUGACGAUUUACGAAAGACUUAACGCAGCCACCUUCCUCGAACACACUACCGUCAAGCCGUUUUACUAUCAGCAAGCGAAUUUUAAAUGUUUCUACUGCAACAAAAUAUUUCCAGAAGUUUCCUCUGUCCUACAGCACACCAGCUCGCACCCGUUGCCGGAUAGAUCGACGUUAUUGAAAACGUAUUUGCGCAAAGGGAAAAGGGUAAUUAAAGUUGACAUAUCUGAUCUCAAAUGUAGAAUUUGUCAACUCCAAUACUUGGAACUGACGGAUAUACGAAAGCACUUAAUAGCAGCACAUAAGAAGGAUUUUAACGCAGCCGGGAACGGUUUGAUGGCUUACGAUUUGACGUUGAACAACGGUUCGUUAUCUUGCCACAAAUGUCGGAAGACCUUCAACUCCUUCUUCCUCCUCAACAGGCAUAUGAACGUCCACUUCAGCGUUGUCUGCGAAACUUGUGGCUUAGGCUUCAUGUCGCAUCAAAGAUUGAUCAACCACAGGAUCGUGCAUCAAAACGGGAUUCAUAAAUGCAGCAAUUGUCAGGAGAUAUUCCCCACAAAGUUAAAGUUGAGGUACCAUUUGUUUAAGAAGCAUGACGUCACCAACGCAAAGAGGGUGAAACCUUUGAAAUGCCCUCAUUGCUUAGAGCGUUUCGCGGAGCACUAUCGUAAGAUGACGCAUCUGAAGGAAGUCCACGGCAUCACAUUUACGUUCGACUGCCAAAUUUGCAAAGGUGUCUUUCCCACGAGGAGAGCGCUGACUGAACAUACGACGAAACAGCAUACGCAGAAGAUCCAGUGUAAAGUUUGUGGUAAAUGCUUCGGUACUAAGUCGUUGUUGAAGAUGCAUAUGCGGGGGCAUACGGGCGAAAGGAAUUUCUUCUGCGACGUCUGUCAGAAGGCGUAUAUGCACGAGAGGACGCUGCGUCAGCAUAUGCGCGUGCAUGGAGCGGUGUGGAAGUUCACGUGCAGCGAAUGCGGGCAUGGGUUCCUCAAUAGGAACGAUUAUAAUAAGCAUAUGAAGCAGUGGCAUCCCCAGUGGCAGUUUAAGAAGAUCGUCAAAAACUUUGGUGAUGAUGUUGAGCGGGAUUAA